CAUCGUCGACAGGGCUUCCGGGGACGGCCGAGACCGUGACCACGGCGUCGCUACCAUCGAUGCGUGCGAAAACCAUUCGUUGGCGAUGCCUGACGCCCAGGUCAGCUCCCUCUUCGUCAUUUCCCAUCACCAUCACCCUCCCUCCCCCAUGUCCGCCCUCCAUAUCGACUACGACAGCGACGACAUGCGUGUCGACUCGGACGACCAUUCUCGCCUCCACGACGCUGAUGCCGACGCUGACGCCGAUUCUGACGACGAGCCUCUAUGCUCGCCCUCGUGAUGGGGAUUCCGGCUACGAAGAUGAGGUAGAAGAGGAAGAGGAAGAAGACGACGACGACGACGACGGCACCUAUGCCGAUGAGGAAUACGCGAAGAAGAAAGUACCGCGAAAAAAGAAACGUCCAUCCGCUCCUGCCGCCACAAAACCCCGUAUCCCUGCUCGCCACACGUCGCCUUCCGAUUCUGGUUCUGAUUACGGUGUUCGUUCCAAGAAGAAGAGAAAGUCGCGCUCAUCUGCCGAUGAAGUGCGCGUUUCCAGUCGUGGUAACAAGGUCCCAAAUUAUGUCGACGACGUACAAGACUUUGAAAAGUUUGACGAGGAAGACCACGACAACGGCUACUAUGCAAACAACAAUGUCCAAUAUCAGGAAGAGGACGAGAUAGAACUUGUUCUGAACCACUGUCGCGAUGAAGGCCGAGAAAAUGACACCGAGGAUCUAUGGUUUGACAACAUUCGCUUCCAUAUCAAAUGGAAAAACUUUUCACAUUUACACAAUACUGAUGAGACGUAUGAAUUUUUGAAGCGUUUCAAGGGUCUCAAGCGGGUCGAUAAUUAUAUCAAGGGUUACAAGUUAUGGCAAGCCCGACUACUGGCGCCAGGAUUAACUAGUGAAGAUCAGGAAGCACUCUUGUUAGAGAAAGAGCGGGAGAAAGAAGAUCUAGAAACUUUCCGCACCGUUGAACGAAUCAUUACCCAUCGCGAAGGUGCAGAAGGCGAGGUGGAGUACUUUUGCAAGUGGACCAACCUCAACUAUAGCUCUUGCACCUGGGAGCUACAGAAAGAUGUCAACCCCAUUGCCAAAGAGCAGAUCGAAGACUAUCGGCAUCGCGAAGCGGAAGCUAAAUUCCCGUACAAGAGCGUUUCAUAUGCGAGAAACGGUCGCCCUACCUUCCAACCAAUGGACAAGUCUCCGGACUAUAUAUCAGAGACGGGCUGUGAGUUGAAGGACUUCCAGCUGACUGGCCUUAAUUGGCUCGCCUAUCUUUGGAGCCAAGGGCAGAAUGGUAUCCUUGCUGAUGAAAUGGGGCUGGGAAAGACUGUGCAGUCCGUCUCAUUUCUCUCCUACCUUUUUCAUGAAAUGCACCAGUAUGGUCCAUUUCUUGUGGUUGUUCCACUGUCGACUAUCACUGCUUGGCAAAUGCAGUUUUCUCUAUGGGCGCCGGAUAUCAAUGUCAUCACAUACAUUGGAAAUACCACCGCUCGCGAAGUUAUUCGCACCUAUGAGUUCGGAACAUCAAAUAAACGUCUCAAGAUGAAUGUGUUACUGACGACCUAUGAGUUGACAUUGAAGGAUGUCAAGCAGUUGGGCGAGAUCAAGUGGCAGGCGCUCGUUGUUGAUGAGGCGCAUCGUUUAAAGAAUUCGGCCAGUUUGUUGUAUGAGUCCCUCCAAGCUUUUUCGGCAGCAUCGAAACUGCUUAUCACGGGCACUCCUUUGCAAAACAAUGUUAAAGAACUCAUGGCCUUGAUGCACUUUUUAAUGCCUGAAAAAUUCGCUCUAAGUGAUGAGUUUGACCUAAACGAUGUGGACCACGAGUCAAGGAUUCAGGAGCUACAUAAGCAGCUAGAGUCUUUUAUGCUGAGAAGAUUAAAACGAGAUGUCCUGAAGUCUCUCCCGUCCAAAAGUGAACGCAUCUUGCGAGUGGAAAUGAGUGCCCUCCAAACGCAUUUCUACAAGAACAUCUUGACGAAGAACUUCCAAGGCCUGGUUAAAAGUGCCAAUGGAAACAACAACAUCAGUCUGUUAAACAUAGCCAUGGAGCUCAAGAAAGCAGCCAAUCAUCCUUAUCUGUUCGACGGAGCAGAAGUUCGUACAGAUAACGACGAAGAGACUCUGAAAGGUCUUGUCAUGAACAGCGGCAAGAUGGUGCUGCUGGACAAACUUCUCGCCCGUCUCCGGCAAGACGGACAUCGAGUAUUGAUUUUUAGCCAGAUGGUCAGAAUGCUGGAUAUCCUGAGCGAUUAUAUGAGUCUCCGGGGCUAUCUUCAUCAGCGCCUAGAUGGAAUGGUGUCUUCUGAAGCUCGGAAGAAGUCGAUUGAUCACUUUAACGCCCCCGGUUCUCCGGAUUUCGCUUUCCUACUGUCAACCCGUGCCGGUGGGCUGGGAAUUAACUUGGAGACCGCAGAUACUGUUGUCAUAUUCGAUAGCGACUGGAAUCCUCAGAAUGACCUUCAGGCAAUGGCUCGUGCACAUCGAAUUGGACAGAAAUCGCACGUUAGUGUCUAUCGUUUCGUCAGUAAGGACACUAUGGAAGAAGAUGUAUUGGAACGUGCCAAGAAGAAAAUGGUUCUUGAAUACGCUAUAAUCAACCAGAUGGACACUAGUCAAGCGCAUCUCAGCUCCAAGGCCAAUCAGUUACGGGAUUCGUCGAAACCAGAAAAUUUGAGCAAGGACGAACUGACGGCGGUACUAAAAUACGGGGCCCAAAAAAUGUUUGACAAAGAUGACUCUCAGCAAAGUCAAAAACUCGAUGAGAUGGACCUCGAUGAUAUACUGAAUCGUGCAGAGGACCACGAAACGAUGGAUGGCGGUGACGGAGGAACAUCCCUUGGUGGUGAAGGAUUCCUGUCACAAUUUGCAGCUGUGAGCGAUGUGAAGAACGACAUGAAUUGGGAGGAUAUUAUACCUCUGGAUGAACGGCAGAAAUUCGAGAAGGAGGAGGAUAGCCGUAAGGCUGAGGAACUUGCAGCCGAGGAAUCUCGGGAUCGAAAGCGUACUCAUGCCCAAGUGUCCUACGAGGGCAUGGAUGUAGAUCACCCUCCUACUACUUCGGCGCCUAAGAAGCCCAAAAAUCCAGGACCGACGCGGAAGUCAGCCAGUCAGAAGGCGAUGGAGUUGAAGGAAAGAGACGUACGAGUGUUGAUUAGGAGUUUGCAACGAUGGGGAGAUAUACGGCAGCGAUACGAUGUUAUAGUUACCGAAGCAAAGCUUGCAGACAAGAACAAGGGGAUGAUGCUAGACGUUGCUGAUGAUAUCAUCGCUAUCUGCUCGCAAGCUGUCAAAGACAGUGAAGAGCAGAAGCGCCACCGAAUAGAUGCCGGCGAAACGUUGACUAACGCUCAGAAGAGUAAAGCGGUUUUGGUGACUUGUCGCGGCGUAGGUAACAUCAACGCCGAAACUGUUCUCUCUCGACAUCGUGAUCUACGGACUCUCUACGACAUUCUUUCAGAGCUUCCAGACCCUUAUAAGUGGUCAAUACCAGUUGACAAUAUUAGACCGACGCUAAAUUGGUCUGGUCGGUGGGGUCCCCAAGAUGAUUCAAUGCUUCUCGUCGGCGCAUACCUGUACGGUUUUGGGAAUUGGGAAACGAUGGCCAAGGAUGAGAAAUUGGGUCUUGACGGCAAAUUCUUUCUUGAAGAGGGCAAGAAAGGUGAAGACGCUGCGAGCCGCCCGAUCCCAAAUGCAAUUCAUCUUGUACGGCGCGGUGACUAUCUACUCGGCAUUCUUCGAGAACACGACGAGAAAUUACGUUCCUAUGAGAGCUCUAUACGCACAAAAGUCAAAUCAUCAGCGUCCCCUCCACCGAUAGCUUCGACAUCCCAUGGCCUCAAACGUCGUGCAGAAAGCGAGGCUGUUGCAUCGGUCGAUGAUAACAGCUCCAGGAAACGCAAACGCCGUCCAACCCCAACUUUCACGGAUUCAGAGUCCUCAGAUGAAUGUCCAUCCAUGGACGAAGCUGCAACCAAAGAAGAAUUACGGCCGGUUAAGAAGCAGCUGAAACAGCUCAAAUUGUCUGGAGAGGACAUGCCUCGCGACAACAAAGUUGCGAUACUGAAAGACUCCCUUGCUGCCAUUGGACGUCGAAUUGAGACCGUCUUGAACAACAAAGAUGCUGCUGGCGAGGACCGAGAGCGGUGGCGACGGCAUCUGUGGACAUUCGUGACACUUUUCUGGCCCAAGAAAGUCAAGGCGUCGAAAUUGGAAGAAAUACAUGCGAAGAUGGUCAUGAAGGAGGGUGCGCCUAGAGCGGGGUCAGAAUCAAGUUCUUCCAAGAAGCCUCGAACAAGUAAUACUGUAUCGAAAGUGAAUGGCUCCAGCGCCUCUAGGACUAAUGGUAAAUCUCAUCGAUAA